AAAGUACGUUUGUACGUUUUACAAUUCGACAAAAUUGGAUUGUACCCUUGAAAACGAAAAAAUCUAAGGAAUAAAUAGAACUGUACGAAAAUCCAGUGUACUCUUUGCAAAAUGAAGAAAAGGAAAUUCUACUUUCAUCAUAAUAUGGGUUGAUAUCUUGACAUACAAAAAAAAAAAAAGAAAAAAAAAGUGCAGGAUGAAAGAGGAGCAUGGUUGUGGGUGUUUAUGUGCACCCACAUUUUUCAACAAUAUACAAAUUUCACUUAUGACCUUCACCAGUUUAUAGAACAGCUCUAAGAUUUGUCACGAGGGAAAGAUGACUACUCGAGGCAGACUCUACCUACAAACCAGUAGUACGAGCUCAAGAUCAGAAAGCUUAAGCACAAUUAAAGAGCAAUGUACUACGACAGUGACAAGCUCAUCAGAUGUGUUUCCAAGGCAUUUCCCAUUCAAAGCAGAGUCGAAAAAGACCUAUAAAAAUUGGUUUGGUUUAUUUUGGCCAUCAAAUUUUAAAAGAGAUCCCAGUAACCAAGGACACUAUGAUUUCUGGAUGAAAGGAAAGCGGUGGGAUGGCACAAAGUGGUUUGAGGAUGACGACUGGGAUGAUUACGACAUUCCCACAACUGAUUUAUUUGCAUUACCACCAAUACCAAAGCGACAAUUGACACCUAAAGAGGAAAAGAAAAGGCUAAAAGAAGAGAAAAAAGCAGAAGAAAGAGCAUACAUGCACAAAUUGAGGGAACAAGGACUGACUUGGAAACAAAGACUACUAAUGACGAUUAGCUACAAGAUUGCCCAAUACACAAAAACCUGGUUGGCACACAUAUUUCUUGUGAUUGCACUUUUCCUUUACACAGUACUUGGGGCUUAUAUGUUCCAUAUAAUUGAAGGAAAUGACGAUGAAUUAGUCGAGGGAGAUCCUUUUGGUGAAAGGGAAUCAUUAACUUCUCUUAUUAAAGAAAUACAAACUAAAAAAAUGUCACGUGAAGACGGAGAUCAGGUACUAAGACAAGCAUUAAAAGAUUAUGAGAUCUCAGUUUUUGAUAAUUUAGGUUCAAAUAGUGCUAAUGAACGUGGAAAAGAUGAGCUUAAUUGGGGCUUUUGGAGUGCAUUUUUUUUCUGUUUCACGGUUUACACAACAAUAGGUUUUGGUCACAUGUCCCCUUCAACACUACUGGGAAGAAUUGUUGUCAUAAUUUAUGCUAUAAUAGGCAUUCCUUUGUUUUUAAUAAUAAUGGCAGAUCUAGGUAAAGCAAUGACUCGUACAUGUAAACUGAUCUGGUUGCUUUCAUUGAAAACAUACCAUUCCAAAACAAUUCAAAGGGGGAAAAUAAUGAUCAAAAGAUCAAUUUCAAGACUUGCAAACACCGAAGACCCAUAUUUUAUGCAAGACCCUGAAAUAAAAAGAGUAUCAAUUGAUUUUGAAAUUGAUGACCGUUUUGAUUUGCCUGUAACUUUAGCAAUAUUAAUUCUUAUUGCUUACCUGUUCCUUGGGGCCAUUCUAUUUGCUGAAUGGGAGGGAUACGAAUUCAUUGCUUCUUUUUAUUUUGUGUUUGUUUCAUUGACCACUGUGGGAUUUGGUGAUUUAGUGCCCCAGAAUGCUGAUAAAUUAAUGGUUUGUAUCUUGUUUUUGACAAUUGGACUCUCACUUGCAUCAAUGUGUGUAGCUGUAGUAAGGCAACAUCUUGCAAAAACACUUGUUGAAGCUACUUCAAAAGUAGGAGCAGCUUCUGGAUGGGAGUUGGACCUAGAUCAGUCACAGCUGGGAGUAGAGAAGAAGAAAGAUGAAGAAGAAGAAGACGAAGAAGAUAAAUAAAUUGUCAAUAUUACCACCAAACUUAAACUACACAUUAAUAUUUUCAAAUUAAUUUUAUUG